CCGGAGCGAACAUACAACUUACGUACACCGCCACAGUCGGCAUUUCGACGAUCGCGAGUUCAAACUGGGCAACUGGGGCAAAUUAUCGUCGCAUUUUCGCAGUGUUUCGCGGUGCGUGUACCUUUUUUGAUCGCUUUCGAGUACAUUUUCGAAUACUUAAAUCUCUGUGUUUCGAAAAAAUCGUCUGUGUAGUUAAAUUUUCAACGCCGCAGAAAUAUGGGUAAAGUACCGGCUAUCGGUAUAGAUCUGGGAACGACGUACUCUUGCGUCGGAGUAUGGCAGCAUGGAAAAGUAGAGAUUAUCGCCAACGAUCAGGGUAAUCGAACGACACCGAGUUAUGUGGCUUUCACCGAUACCGAAAGAUUGAUCGGAGAUGCUGCGAAAAAUCAAGUAGCAAUGAACGCCAAAAACACAGUGUUCGAUGCGAAACGUUUAAUUGGUCGAAAAUUCGACGAUCCGAAAAUCCAAGAAGAUAUGAAACAUUGGCCAUUCUCCGUCUUCAACGAAGGAGGUAAACCGAAAAUCAAAGUCGAAUAUAAAGGCGAGACGAAAAAAUUCACCCCCGAAGAAAUCAGCUCGAUGGUAUUGACCAAAAUGAAGGAAAUCGCCGAAGUGUACUUGGGAGGCAAAGUAUCCGACGCGGUCAUCACAGUUCCAGCUUAUUUCAACGAUUCCCAAAGACAAGCGACCAAAGACUCCGGAGCCAUUGCCGGUUUAAACGUAUUACGUAUAAUUAACGAGCCGACAGCCGCAGCAUUGGCUUAUGGUCUAGAUAAGAAUUUAACUGGAGACAAAAACGUGUUGAUUUUCGACUUGGGCGGCGGUACCUUCGAUGUAUCUAUUUUAUCCAUCGAUGAAGGAUCUCUCUUUCAAGUGAAAUCAACAGCCGGAGAUACUCAUCUGGGGGGCGAAGACUUCGAUAACCGAUUAGUCAACCAUUUCGCCGAAGAAUUCCAAAGGAAAUUCAAAAAAGAUAUCCGUAGCAAUGUCAGAGCCCUGAGACGAUUACGUACCGCUUGCGAAAGAGCCAAACGUACGUUAUCUUCCAGCACAGAGGCCAGCUUGGAGAUCGACGCUUUGCACGAGGGUAUCGAUUUCUACUCGAAAAUCUCGAGGGCUCGAUUCGAAGAACUCUGCAUGGAUUUGUUCAGAUCGACGUUGACUCCGGUAGAACGAGCUUUAUCCGAUGCUAAAUUGGAUAAAGGUAGCAUACACGAUGUUGUAUUGGUCGGAGGCUCCAUCAGAAUUCCAAAAAUUCAAAAAUUACUACAAGACUUUUUCUGUGGUAAAUCUUUGAACUUAUCCAUCAACCCGGAUGAAGCAGUAGCUUACGGAGCAGCCGUUCAAGCAGCUAUUCUCAGCGGUGAUACCAGCUCUUCCAUACAAGAUGUGCUUUUGGUUGACGUAGCUCCAUUGUCGUUAGGUAUCGAGACAGCCGGAGGUGUAAUGACCAAGUUGGUCGAACGUAAUUCACGCAUUCCUUGCAAACAAGCCCAAACCUUUACCACGUACUCGGAUAAUCAACCGGCAGUCACAAUUCAAGUAUUCGAGGGAGAAAGAGCCAUGACCAAGGAUAACAAUCUCUUAGGCACCUUCAACUUGACAGGAAUUCCACCAGCACCGAGAGGUAUUCCUAAAAUAGAGGUUACUUUCGAUCUGGAUGCCAACGGUAUCCUCAACGUUUCCGCCAAAGAUACCAGCACAGGAAAAUCCGAAAAGAUCACCAUUCAAAAUGAUAAGGGACGACUUUCCAAAGACGAAAUCGAUAAAAUGCUUGCUGACGCUGAAAGAUACCGCAACGAAGACGAAAAACAAAGAGAAAAAGUCACCGCUCGUAAUCAACUAGAAAGCUACGUAUUCAGCGUGAAGCAGGCGGCCGAAGAAGCCGGAUCCAAGCUAAGCGACAACGACAAGAAAACCGUCGAAGAUAAAGCCAAAUCCAUACUCACGUGGUUAGAAACCAACACGUUGGCCGAAAAAGAAGAAUUCGAAGAGAAACUCAAAGAAGUACAAAAAGAGUGCGCUCCUAUUAUGACCAAAUUACAUCAAGCCGGAGGUAAAGGACCGACUGUGGAAGAAGUCGAUUAAUACCUAAGAAUAUGAUUUUUGAUUUUUUUUUUCCUUCUUCCAUCAUUACCAUAAUUCACAAUUUAUAAUGGACUAAUGCAACAGAUUACCAUACACGCGAAUCGACGACGUGUUAAUAAUACGUACCUAUACCUACCUGUACCUGUAUCUAAUGUACAUGGAUCGUGUUUUUCAUUUUCGCAUUAUACACAAUCUAGUAGGUAUCUACAAUGUAUAUUGAGUAUACCUCUAUGUGUAUAGUAUCGUAAAUGUACCGAAAGCACUAAUGUGGCAAUAAAAAUGGUGUUAAUUUUUCA